CAUCCCUAACGCAAUCCCAUUGCAACGCACGCCACACGUGUUUUAUUCACUGCGUCUUUAAACACAGAAAAAAAGGUCCAAAAUGUAUCUGAUGUACACAAUCAACGAAAACGGUGACCGAGUCUACACUCUUAAGAAACGCACUGAGGAUGGUCAUCCAACUUUGUCCGCUCAUCCAGCACGCUUUUCGCCAGAGGAUAAGUACUCCCGCCAGAGACUCACCAUUAAGAAGCGCUUUGGACUGCUCCUCACCCAGAAACCCGAACCCAUCUACUAAGGCGGAGUUUUAUUUUAAGUAGUGUACAUUUUUAUUUACAAAUAAUAAGUUACAAAAUAACACAACUA